GUCUUCAGGUACAGCUAUAUGAUUGAUAACGUCAUCCUGCUGAUCACGGGCACCCUCCACCAGCGGGCCAUCUCUGAGCUGGUGCCCAAGUGCCAUCCCCUGGGCAGCUUCGAGCAGAUGGAGGCGGUCAACAUCGCCCAGACCCCCGCCGAGCUCUACAACGCCAUCCUGGUGGACACGCCCCUCGCUGCUUUCUUCCAGGACUGCAUAUCUGAACAGGACUUGGAUGAGAUGAACAUUGAAAUAAUUCGUAAUACUCUUUAUAAGGCUUACCUGGAGGCUUUCUAUAAGUUCUGCUCCAACCUCGGAGGAACCACGGCUGACACCAUGUGUCCCAUCCUGGAGUUCGAGGCCGACAGGAGGGCCUUCAUCAUCACUAUCAACUCGUUCGGCACAGAGCUGUCCAAGGAGGACCGCGCCAAGCUCUUCCCCCACUGCGGCAAGCUUUACCCAGAAGGCCUUGCUCAGCUGGCCCGGGCAGAUGACUACGAGCAGGUCAAGGCCGUCGCUGAUUUCUAUCCUGUAAGUCCAAAAGCCAGCUUCCUGCUGAGAUCCCCACAAACCAAUCAAAUAUAA